CAUAUGCAACACAGUAAAUAUAUAUUUCUGCUAGCUUAUAGCAUCAUUCAGUCAGUCAACAGCAACAGACGAAAUUAGUAAACCGGAACGGCAACAAUAGCGUACCUACUCGACAGAAAACGAAACGGAGUCAAUUUAAACACGAACUAUAUAGUGCAGAAAGUGAAAGUAUAGCUACUCUAUAAUUGUAAAUGCGUAAUAAACUGCGCAGGCGCUCAGUGCUUAAACCAUUUACAUUUUUAAACUGCAGGAAAUAAAAUACAUAAUCAUCUAAAAUAUAAAUGAAACAAGAUUCAAAUUGAAAGUACGAUAAUAGGCGAACUGCAAGCCAAAAGUCAAGUUGCCUUAUUUGCAUACAAAUACGACUGCAAUAUUACUUAACACAAAUCCAAUUCAUUCUUUGUGUUUGUGUGAGUAAACCAGUUGUCGGCUUACGAACACUGCUACAGAUCGACUUAUUUACACAAAGGUGUUCUUAUUUCUGUAGCUAUUGAAUAAAUAACGAAUAAACUUAAGAUUUCCAACUCACGUAAAUUUAAAAUGAAAAAAUUUCAAGUUAAUGCACCCGGCAAAGUUAUACUCCAUGGUGAACAUGCCGUUGUCUACAGAAAACCUGCUUUAGCCGCCGCCGUGGGACUAACAACGAAAUUGCAGUACCGCCCUCAACCGGAUAAUGGUGUUGCAGUGUUCAAUUUAGAUAGUUUGAAUUGCACAUUUGAAAUUCAAUUACAACAGUUCAAUGAUUUUGUUAACGAUUUUCGUGUCAAGUAUCCUGGUAGCAAAGUGGAUUAUACUGCAAAAUUAUUAGAGGAGGUGCGAGACGUUGUCACAAAGCAAGUGGAGGGAGCUCUUAGCAAUUCUAACAAGCAACAAGCUCAAAAGGCUUUUUUGUCCAUAUAUUAUCUAUUGACAGGUGCAGUUCUUUCGGCCCCGAAUGCAGAACUUGCUCUACAAUCCGGGUUUCAAGUGAAUAUCGACACAGAGAUGAAUAUUGGAUCUGGCCUAGGUAGCUCAGCCUCGUUUGGCGCAGUAUUAUCGGCAGCAUUUCUACUUUUAACUGGCCAUUUUGAUGAGCAAACAUACCUCAAAGUGGAAAAUCAAGCUCUUAUAUCUCAGUGGGCCUUUGAAGCUGAGCGCAUUAUGCAUGGUACUCCAUCUGGCGUUGAUAACACUGUGGUGACCUACGGAGGAAUGCUGCGUUUCGUCAAAGGACAAGGCUUUCAAUCUAUUAAUAUACAGCGGCCGCUCAACAUAAUGCUGGUAGAUAGUCGCAUAAGCCGUAGUACUGCGGAUAUUGUUGCUAAAGUACGACACCUUUGGGAGACCUUUCCAAAGGUCGUGGAUUCCAUCUGGGAUGCUUGUGAAGAAAUUGUGACGACUGCCAUACCACUUUAUGAAAACUUUGGCAACGCGAAAGACGACAGCGAAAAGUUCGAGAAACUCGAAAGGUUGUUCCAAAUCAACAAUGAUCUUCUUAAAGCUAUCGGUGUUACACACCCCAAAUUGGAGCAGAUAUUUGCGAUUGCCUUCAAGCGUGGUUUCUUCAGCAAAAUAACAGGAGCUGGGGCAGGAGGCUUUGCUAUUGUGCUUCUGCCAGAAAAUUUUGAAAGUAAUCAGGUAUAUUGGAAAUUGAAAGAAGAACUGGAGUCAGCUGGAUUUGGUGUGCAAUCUACCACUGCCGGUGGUGAUGGCUUACGGAUUAAGGCGCUGGAAGACUAAUUUUCCACAUAUUUCUAUGGUUAAUAAACAUGUGUACUAACAUACAAUACAUUUAUAAUUUUAUGAUCUAAGUAAA